AUGGUUGCACCACGGCACAACGAGAGUCUCGGCUCGGUGGGCGAACUUGACGCUGAAGUAGUGUCGGAGUUGAGAGACAGGCUGACAGAAGUCUCUAUCAAAUGCUCUGAACGAUGUUUAUACCAGUCAGCGAAAUGGGCAGCGGAACUGCUCGAUUCUCUCCCUGAAGACGACGAUCCAUUUCGAGACUCUCCUACGCAAGCUACAGAUAAUGUUCAGUCCUCUUAUCGUCUGCUCUCAACCAGCUAUGAUGACCCUGAAGAGGCGGCAUUGGAGGCCAAGGAGGCAUCAAAAUAUCUGCUAGCGAAAGCAUUCUUCGACACCAAAGAGUUUGACAGAUGUACAGCGGUCUUCCUACCUCCGGCCAUCCCAGCUGGCGGCCUAGCGAUCUUCGACAAGCCCAAAAAGCGGACGCCCGCUUCCACUCCAUCUCGGACAAAGGGGAAAUCCAAGGAGAGCGGUACAACAACGACAAGCAGUCCGUACCCACGACUCAGUCAAAAGUCCCUGUUUCUUGCGCUGUAUGCCCGAUAUCUUGCUGGAGAGAAGCGCAAGGAUGAAGAAAGUGAAAUGGUUCUCGGUCCAGCCGAUGGCGGACAAACGGUCAAUAGGGAACUUCCAGCACUGGCACGAGGACUGGAAGCAUAUUUCCAAGUGCGAGAUGCCGCCGAUCCACAACUCAAGCGAUCUCAAGGAUGGCUCGAAUAUCUGUACGGUACCGUCCUCGCCAAGUCGAGACAAGAACAACUUGCGCAGCAAUGGCUUCUCCGGUCUGUGCGACUCAACCCCUACCACUGGGGUGCCUGGGAGGAACUGGCGACCUUACUCUCGUCGAUCGAUGACUUGAAUUCUCAGCUUUCUCCUUCCGUCCUACCCCAAAACCUCAUGAGCAUCAUGUAUCAGGCCUACGCCUCCGUGGACUUGUUCUCGACCAGCGACCAGUCCACGACCUUGAACUACCUCCGUAUUCUCCUGAACUACUUUCCAACUUCCACAUUUUUACUCACGCAACUUGCGCUCAGCCACUACCACGCGAAAGAAUACGAGUCCUCUGCAUCCAUAUUCCAGGAGUUGCUGGUAGCUCACCCUCAUCGUCUGGAUGGGCUCGACCACUACUCCAACAUUUUGUACGUUAUGGCGGAUCGGCCGAAACUUGCCUUUCUCGCCCAUCUUGCUACAUCCGUCGACAAAUUCCGCCCCGAAACUUGCUGCGUGGUGGGUAACUAUUACUCUCUGUGCUCCCAGCACGAGAAGGCAGUCAUGUACUUCCGCCGCGCCCUGACACUGGACAGGAACUUCCUGUCGGCGUGGACUUUGAUGGGCCAUGAGUAUAUCGAGUUAAAAAACACACACGCCGCCAUCGAAAGCUAUCGGCGGGCUGUCGACGUCAAUCGCAAGGAUUAUCGUGCUUGGUACGGCCUGGGUCAAGCGUAUGAGGUCCUCGACAUGGGCUUUUAUGCGUUGUUCUACUACCAACGAGCCGCCGGACUGAGACCGUAUGACCCCAAAAUGUGGCAAGCCGUGGGAUCUUGUUACGCGAAAAUGGACCGCCUGGAUCAAGCGAUCAAAGCUCUCAAGCGUGCUCUUGUUGCAGGAACGUAUUUUGAAGAGUCCACUUCGGUGCAGUCAAGUUUCAAUGCAAGCAGCAGUGUUUCAAGCAAUUUGACGUCUGGCACAAAACGCGGACACUCCACUUCCCAGACGAAAUCAAACCAACAGAAGCCCGCCCGCAGACUUCUCGAUCCGGAAACCCUCUACCAAAUCGCCCUCCUGUGCGAACGGCGUGGAGGCGAAGAAGGCGAGAAAGAGGCUGUUCAGUACAUGGAACUCUGUGUGGCGCAGGAAACUGGUGGAAGUCACAUGAGUGUUCUCAAAGCGGAGAAAUCCCUUCGCAGACGUCAGCGGAAAGAAGAUAGGAAGAGCGCCGCCGCCGAGGAACGCCGAGCCAGAGCAGCGCAAAUGCGUGCGCAGGGUGGAGCAGAGAUGGAGUUGGACGCCGGGCAGGAGACCGCCGGCGCUGAUGACGAUACGGAAAUCAUGUCCCCGCGCUCUGCAUCCCCUUCGUCGCCGUCAGGGUCAUCACCGUCACUCUCGGACGUCGAAAAUGUCGGCGAUAUUAGUGCGGAUGGUGGAGGUGGAAGUGGAGUUGAUGGCUUUGGCACCGGUACCACUGCUACAACCUCCAAAGCACGCCUGUGGCUCGCCCGCUGGUGUGUGAAAAAAGGGGACUUGGACCGUGCCGAGAGAUUGGCCGAGGAAUUGUGCAUGGAUGGGUAUGAGGUUGAAGAAGCGAAGGGGCUGGUUCGAGAGGUCAGAGGGAGAAGAGAUGUGGACGCAAGCGGGAUGAGCGAAGGAUUGGAUCUGUUGCAACCACCGAACACCUGA